AUGUCGCUCCUCGUGAGACCGACAAAGCGCAAGUUGGACCAGGUUGAAGCUCCAAGCGCACAGAACAGGCUUCUCUCACCUCACAGUAGUCGCGCCCAGAAUGUCGUCUCGCGUGUGAUUCAGUUAUCGUCUCAUAUUCCCGGGCAAGAUGGCACUUCUCCCAGACUCGAAUAUUGUUCAAGGAAUGAGCAACUGGAUCCGGCUGGUGACCCUCACUCGUUUCCACCUUCCUUGCGCGCUUCCCCAUCUCCUCAAGGAAGCCCCUCUUUGAGCCAGCGAGUUUUCGCUCCCAAUGCGUCCAUUGUCUUGAUUGGGAUUCGCGGCACUGGGAAGUCUAGUCUUGCGGUAAUUCUUGCUACAACCUCGGGCAGACGGAUGAUCGAUGCGGAUCAGUAUUUCCAGCAAGUGACGGGGCGCUCUCGAGCAGCAUUCAAAAAGGAAUACGAUCUAGCGGAGUAUCGUCAACAAGAGGCUCGAGUGAUGGAAUCGAUGCUCGCAGAACACAAGGAGGGCUGUGUCAUUGCCUGUGGUCCCGGAUCUAUGGAGCGCAGUGGGCAAAGCUUGUUGCGCGAAUACGCAGAAAGCCACCCCGUUAUCCACAUCAUUCGCGAUCCUGAAAGCAUCCAGUCGUACCUGAAAGCAUGGGAUACCGACAAAGUACGUCGUUUUCUUGAGCUGUCUGGCCCCAUCUAUCGAGCCUGUUCCAACCUGGAGUUCUUUAAUGUCUCCGAGAAGGGCCUCGCCGACCAUGUCGGAAAAGACGGCCACCCCCACUCGCAGUUGGAAUUGGAACUCGACCAACGGUCUCAAAAUUUUACACCUUUCUUGACUCUGAAACGGCUACAGCGCGACUUUCUCAAAUUUGUCGCCUUCGCAACGGGUGACUUCAAGAACUUGAGCAGCCAACAAGCGUCGUUUCCACUGUCGAUGCAACCGGUGGAGUCCCGGAUGUUUACUUACGCCGUGACUGUGCCACUUUCGUCCCUGCUUGAACACGAGCUAGACAUUGAGGAUCUAGAAUCCACCGCCGAUGCGUUUGAGCUCAAAAUCGAUGCGAUCGGAGGUUCACCUGCAUGUCUAGGUGUGGACUCAGGCCUCGCAGACAGAAUUAGUCAAGCUGUGGCAACCAUCCGUCGAAACAUCAUUAUACCCCUUAUAUACCAUGUUGACAGUAGGGUAAUUUCUGUCGAUGCUGCUAUGCAACAUAACGGGCUGUCGCGCCGCUCCGAGGAGGCCUACUUAAACUUUGUUCAACAUGGUUUACGAUUAGCUCCUGAGUAUCUAACUGCUGAUUUAUCGUACAGCGAUGAUACUCUAUCGCAGAUCAUUGGUUCCAAAGGAACUAGCAAAGUCAUAGGGCACUUCGCAUUUUCUCGUCCAUGUCCUAGAGGAUGGGAGGAUACGGAAUUAUUGGCCAUGUACGAGCGAGCCAGGCGACUCGGUUGCGAUGUUGUUCGAUUGACGCAGCCCGCAACAACGAUAGAAGACAACUUUGCUGUGGAAAGAUUUCGUCACCAUGUCAAAAGUCUUUUAUGGCAGUUACCCUUAAUAGCCUUCAAUACCGGCCCAUUGGGCAGACUAUCGAGCUGUUUUAAUCCCAUCCUUACAUCAGUCACACCGCCGCCCUUACUACCUGAGAUGCAAGCCAAGUCGUUGCCAUGCAUUACGUUGCGGGAGGCCCAAGAAGCGCUCUACUCGUCAUUUGCUCUGGAUCCAAUGCGGUUCUUCGUUUUUGGUGCCAACGUUACCUACAGUUUGUCUCCGGCAAUGCACAACGCAGCCUUCAAAGGGUGUGGUCUGCCACACGUAUAUACCAUCUACCAGUCCUCGUCUUUGCGGGGAUUGAAUGAUCUAGUGGAGAACCCCCAUUUCGGCGGAACAAGUGUCAGUUUGCCUUAUAAGACGGAAGUUAUUCCUCUUCUCCACUCCAUGUCGCCUCAUGCUCGAGCUAUUGGCGCCGUCAACACCUUGAUACCCAUCCGAACAUUACCUGACGGCGCUGAUGAUGCUUUUGAAACAUCUCUCUACUUCGAAAAGAGCCGGGCUGGUCCCAUCAAGGCGCUGCACGGGGAUAACACCGACUGGAUCGGUAUUGGGAACUGCUUUCGAUGGGGGCUAUCCCCGGCGAAUGCGAUCCGACCUUCAUCCACGGGCCUAGUCAUUGGAGCUGGUGGUAUGGCUCGCGCAGCCGUAUAUGCGAUGAUACAUCUUGGGGUGCAGAAUAUCUUCGUGUACAAUCGUACUCUUGCAAAUGCAGAGAAGUUGGCCCACCAUUACAAUCGCCAAAACCUCCAGGCACAUGGCAGGAGCGGGCCGAACUCUCAGCCCAAAGUCCAUAUCCUACGGUCGUUGCAUGAUAGUUGGCCGGUCAACUACAAGCAACCGACUGUUAUCUGCUGCUGCAUACCAGCUCAUAGCAUUGGGGGGGUACCAGCGCCCAACUUACAACUUCCUUCUCAGUGGCUUGAAAGCCCUACGGGCGGCGUAGUUGUUGAGCUAGCUUACAAGCCUCUGGUUUCUCCCUUGAUGAAGCAAAUGCGUGCUCUCUCCCACCGUGGCUGGGUAGCCCUUGAUGGACUUAACGUUCUCCCAGAACAGGGAUUUGCUCAGUUUGAGCUUUUCACCGGCCGUCGAGCCCCACGACGGUUAAUGCGCAGAGUAGUAUUGCAGGAGUACAAGGAGGCGGAGGGGCAAGAAGAUCAUCACGCUAUUCGAAGCCGACUUGAAAAUCUAGAUGGACAAGCUACCUGA